AUGAAUUGUAUCGAUUAUGAUAAAAAUAAAAAAACAAAAUUAUUCUGCAACAUAUCGAAGUCUAAAAAUAAAGAAAACUCAUGUUUUUUGAAUACCAACAAUAACAAUUUAAAAAGAGAAAUUAACGAUGAAUUUACUAAUUUUUACAUUAGCAGUGAUGAGAAUGAAACCAAGUGGAAAAAGAAAAAUAUAACAAAUGAGUUUUUAUUUGAAUAUGAAUUAAAUACAGAAACAAUUGGAAACUUUGUUGAUAUAGAUGAUAAAAACAUACCAUAUAUUAAUAAUAACUUUAAUAAUCAUAUAAAUAGCAAAAAUAUUCUCCUAAUAAUAGAUUUUUUUGUUUAUAAUUUAUUUUUUCAUUUAAAAAAUAUUGGCAAAAAUAUAAAUAAUUUUUAUUUAUCCUUUAAUAAAAUUAUUUAUCCUUUUCAUUUUAGUUUUUAUAAUAAUAUUUGCGAAAAUUGUAUUUUGAAAGAUAAUAAAAAUAACAUAUGCAAAGAAAAGAACAUAAUCAAUUUUAGUGAGUUAAAUAAAAAAAAUUCUGAACAUGUAAUAAAUAAAAAAUUUAAGGAAAAAUUUGCACACAAUUUUAACAAAGAAGAUAAAAAUGAAAAUGAAUUUUUACCAAAUAUUUUAAAAACAUGGUGUGAUAGAAUAAAAUAUAUAAUCACUAUUUAUAAUAAUAAUAAAAAAAACUAUAAAAUAAAAAAAUAUUUUUUGAAAGAUAAUCAUGUAAAUUAUUUGAAAGACAAAUAUAUUUGUGAAGAGAAAAGUAGAUAUAGUAUAAACGAAUGUCUGAACACUUUAGAAGAUAUAGUUUUUAAUAAUGAAAAAUCCAAUACAUUUAAAAAUGUUUAUUUUCUCCCAAAAGAAAAAUAUUUUUUAAAUAAUAAUAAUAAAUUAAAAUAUAAUAAAAAAAAAAAGGAUAUAAAAAUAUCCGUAGGUGAAAUAAGCGAUUUUUCUAGAAACUCAUGUGAAGAAAUAAAAAUAAAUAGUGUAAAUCCUUAUUUAUCUGAAUAUUGUAAUCAUUAUUCAAAAUUAUUUGAUGAUGACAUAACUGAUUUAUACAUAAUUAAUUACAUAAAAUGUAAGAUCGAAGAAUAUUUUAAAAAUGUAGAAGUAAAAAAAUUUUGGGAUAUAAUAAAUGUGAAAUAUUUAACAGAAUUUGAUUACAAAUAUUCAUAUAAAAGGAUGAAGGAAAAAGAAGAAAAUACAUCCAAUAAAAAAUACUAUGACUCCAUUUACGAUUAUAUUCAAAUUAUAAAAAAAAACCAAACUAAAAAGAACAUUAAAGAGAAGGAAAUAAUCGAAAUUAAUAAAAAUAUUAAAAAAGAAAUAACAAGCAGUAAUCACAAUUUUAAAAAUGAAAGUUUAGAUAAGGAAUUCAUAUUUAAAGAUUUAUUCAAUAAUACUAUUAAAAAUUAUAAUGUUAAUGAAAUUGAAAUAUAUUUAAGCAGUUAUGAUAACAUAUUCUUAAAAUCAAUAACCCGUUUUUAUCUUCUAUUAAAUUUUUCAGUAGAAUUAUUAUCUAUACUUUAUGAAGAUGUAGAUUUAUAUUCCAUUCGAAUUUUUUCCUUGUAUGAAAAAAUAAAUGAAUGUAUAUAUAAGGAAGAAUGUAAAAUAAGAAUGCAAAAUUAUGAACAGAUUGAAAAUGAUAGUAUAAUGAAAAAUAAUGAAAGUUUUAAAAAAAGUACAUUUAGUUACAACCAUAUAAUAAACAAUUCUUCUAAAAAAAGAAAACCAUAUAACCAGGAUAUUAAUAUACAUUAUUUAAACAACUUUGAUAAAAAUGAUAAUACAACUGUAAAUACAUUUUCGAAAUAUAACGAAGUAGACAAAGUAAAUUAUUAUAGUUAUGAAAGCAAUAAUGAUAACAAUAUUAUAAAUAACAUUAACUGUACACAUGAAAAUUAUAACAAUUACGAUACAAAAUAUAACACUAACAAUAAGUAUAUAAAAUCAAACUUUCAUACAUAUACAAGCUACAGUGAUUAUUCAUUUUCUGAGAAGAAAUUGGAUACAGUAGUUUUUCAUUUAUUAAAAUUGUUGUUAAAAAAUAAAUAUGAUGAACAAACAAAAAAUAACAAUAAUAUUUUGAAUUAUUUGAAGAUCGAGAAAUAUAAAGAAAUAUUAAAAGAAAUAAAAAGUUUAAUUAAGUAUACAAUAGAAAAAAAAAAAUAUGUAAAACCUAUUAUUAAUUAUUUAUUAGAUGUAUAUAAUAAAUAUAAAGGUAAAAUAAGGGAAUUAAAUUGUGAGAAUGUUACUAAUUCAAAAUAUCUAAAUAUUCUCAAAAAAAAUUUCCUUUUACAUUCAUUAAAUUUUUAUUCAUUCCAAUUUUUUUCAAAUAAAGAUUUGCUAGUAAAUUUGAAGAAAAAGUAUUCGUUAAAAAAUAAAAAGAUUAAAGAAUGGAAAUUAAAAAUUCCAGGAAAAAUUAAUAAAAAGAUUAUAAUUAAGAGGCUUAAAGAAUCUCUUAGAAUUUUUGAUUAUAAUAAAAUAUUGUCAACAAAAAUAUUUAACGACAAAUAUAAUAGCAUCAAUAAAUCAACCAAAACAAUUUUAAAAACAAAAAUAAAUAAGAGAUUAUUUAUUAAAAAAAAAAGAAUGAGAUAUUUGAGAAAAUUGAGGCAUUAUGUUUAUUCUUAUUUUUCAUCAAUUCAAUUAUGCUAUAAUUCAAGUGGAAAAACAGAUUUUUUUUUUGAAAAUAAUGAACAUAUUUCUCAUAAUGUAUAUAAAAAUUGCUUUUUAAAAACACUAAAUAAAAUAAAAAUAAAAGAGAAGGUUACUGAAAUUAUAAAAAAUAAAAACACUAUUUAUAAAGAGGUGAUACGAAAAAUGAAAGAUAAAAAGAGAACAAUAGAGAAGAAUAACUUAGAAAAUUAUGAAAAAUAUUAUAAUACUUUUGUAGACUUAUUAAAAAUUAUUAAAAAUCAGGACGUACUCAUUUUGAAUAAUUUAUUUAAUAUGUUAAACAAUAUUAAUAAACAACUAAAUUUAUUUUAUGCCAAUAUAUGCCAUUGUAUUCCCUCACAAAACUCAGAAAAAGUAAAUGUGGAAAACUUAAUGAAGGAAAAAAUAGAGUUAUUAAAAGAAGAUAUUAAUUUCAAUAAUAAUUAUAAUUCUAAUUCUAAAUUAUUUCCUAUAGAUGACAUUAUUUGUAACUCUGAUGUACCAAAGAAAGAAAAUAAUAACAUUAAAACAAAAUUUGAGGAUAAUUUAAUAAAUUCGUUUUUUAAUAAAAAUAAUAAACAAAAAACGAAACAAACAUAUCUUGAAAAUUUUACUUACUUUAGUGAAGUAAAUAAUAAGGAUAAUCUUCAUAUAAAUGAUAAAAGGGAUGAAAUAAAUAGUAAUCAAAAUAAUAAUAUAAACGACAAAAAUUAUGAUUUGCAAAGUGGUAAUAACUUAUGCAUUAACAAUUCAAAUAAUAGUAUUUAUAAUACACAUUAUAAUUCCAACAAAAAAAAUAGUAAAAUUUUCAAUUACGACAAUUUACAUAAUAAAAAUAGUAAAUAUUAUGUAUGCGAUUUUAAAUUAAUGAAUUCAAGGAAUAAUAAUUCUAAUUUACCUCACAUUAAUAAUAUAAAUAAAACAGUGCUUCACAAAAAAAAAUGUUUUAAUUCAAAUUUAUUUUAUAAUUCAAAUGAUAAAGAAUUUAAAAAUUGUGUAAAAUGUAAUUCUAUGUUAGAUAGAAAGAUAUUAGAAAAAAAGAAAAAAAUGUUUUAUAACUUUUUUAAUUUAAAAAAGUAUUAUAAAGAAAAGAAGAAAAAAAUAAAUUAUUUAAUGUAUGAUUUAAGUAUUUUAAAAGAAUAUUUUUAUACAUAUUUGAAAAAAUAUUUUGAUGACAUUAUUAUUUUACUUGAAUAUUUUUUUUCUCAUUCUAAUAAUUAUUUUUGCAUUGAUACUAAUGAAAAUACUUUUAAUAUUAAAAAUGAAGAAUUAAUUUAUCAUAUUUUCGCCUUAUCAAAUUAUGAUAAUUUUAAUAAUGUUAAUGAAGAUAUAUCUGAUUAUUUAAACGCAAAAAAUAGCCUGUCUAUAAAAGAUUAUAAUAAUUAUAUAUUAGUUAGAAAAUUAAAGUUUUUUGUUAAGAAUGAUAUAAUACAAUUUAUUAAUAGAAAUAUUAAUUUAAUAAAUAAUAAUGUAUGUUUAAAAAUAGGAAAUAUAAAAAAAGCAUUUAAUGUGAUAUUUAGACUAUUAAAAAUAUAUAACUGCAAUAAUGAAAUACUUAUAUACAAAAUAUUACUAUGCUUAAUUUUAAAGUAUGAAAAAUACUGUAAAAAAAAAAUAGUUAAAAAAAAUACUUUGAGUAAAUUAUCUAGCAAUUUAAAUGAAUAUCAAAUUGAAAAUGAUUUUUUGUACAACAAAAAAAAAAAAAAAAUUCUAGAAAAAUUUGGUAUACAUGAUAUGAGUAUAUCUAAAGAUAUUGUGUUAUUAUUAAAAUAUGUUGUACUAUUUAGUAAGGAUAAAAGUUACACAACUGAAGAUAUUUUAGAUAGUUAUACUAAUAAUUCUUUAGAAAAUGAUACAAACAACCAUUUUUAUAAUUUAUCAACUUAUAACGAAGAAUGUACUUUAAAAAAUAUUUUAAAUAAAUUAAUAAGAAAAAAAAAAAAAAUGUUAUAUUGUGAAAACAAAUUAAAAAAUAAAAUAACAAUGAACAAUGAAGAACAACAUGUAGAUCAUCUAUCAAAUAUAUAUGAAAUUAUUUAUCCUAACAAUUUAAAAAAUUACGAAAAUAUUAAAUUAUAUAUUACCUUAGAAAAAAAAAGAAAAACAAAUAGAAAAAGAAAAUUAUUGUGUGAAGAUGAUCAAAUAGAAAGCAAUUUUAAUUAUGAAAACAUAAAAACGAAAAUUAAAAAAAUUAAAAAGAUUGUUAUUAAAUUUAUAGAUGAUAAUAAAUAUGUAUUCCCAUAUAUAUUUAACACAUUUGAUUUUAACAUAAAUCAGAAUGUUGAUUAUGAUAUUAUCAACUUGGAUAGUAACUUCAAAUUUUUUCAUUAUAUUAAUAAAAAUGAAUACUCUUUUAAAAACUCAAUUUUGAACUUUGUAUAUGGAUAUCCUAUAUUCUACAUACAAAAAAAUGAUGAUAUAAAUAACUCAUUUAAUAAUAACAGAAAUUUAGAAGAUUUUUUAUCAAGUAAAAAUGGUGAAGAAAUAAAAAAAAGUGAUAAUAACAAUGAUUGUUAUAAUUCUAACAAGUAUAAUUCUAAAAAUAAUAAUAAUGACACCUGUAUUAAUAAUGACAAUAACAGUAUUGCGAAAAUAAAUUUUAACAUGGAAAACAAUUAUUUUAAAUACAAUUCUACCAGUUUAGAAACAUUAAAAUGUAAAAUUUCAAAGGAUAAUAACAAAACAAAUAAUAAGAUUAAAGAAAAUUUUAAUAAUAUAUAUAAAAUGAAUAACAAAAAAAAAAAUAUAAAUGAUAACAAUAAAAUUAGAGAAUCUUCUGAUUAUUAUGAAAAUAUAAAGAAAUCAAACGAUACAAAAAUUAAGAAAAAUUAUAUGAAAGAAUUUAGAAGAAAUAAAAGAAGAGAAUUAAUAAACAUUUUUAACAAUUCAAAUAUUUCUAACAGUAUUCCUUUAAAAUAUAUUCAUCUCUGUGUCAUAUCUGAUAUUUUUAAAUAUUUAAAUUUACAUCAUAUUUUGAAAGACAUUUUUAUAAAGUUAUAUGAAGAAAAAUUAAAAGAAAUUCAAGAAAAAUAUGAUUCAAAUAACAAGCAUUAUUUGCCAAAAAUAUUAAUAUGCUUUUUAUUUUAUUUUUAUUCCUUUUUAGAUAUAAUAUAUGGAACAAGAGAUGGAAAUUUUAUCAACAUGAGUAACAACGACAAUUACAAUAUUUUUAAUAAUUUUAAUAAUAUAGUAUUUAAGAAAAAAAAAGAAAAAGAAAAAGAAAAAAAUAAUUCUACCAAUGAAAUUCAAAAAAAAAGUUUUAUAUACUUGAAUAAUAGAUUUAGCAAAAAAGAUAAUUAUUUAUGGAUACUAAAAAAAAAAGAAAAAAACGACAUAAGUUCAUAUGUUGAUAAAAUUUUUCUAACUUUAAAAAAAAAUAAACAAAAUGAAAAUAACAGGUUUCAUUUUAAUUUUGUUACAUUUUUAAAUUAUUAUUUAGAUUAUAAUUUUGCCUUUUUAAAUAAUACUAAAAAUUUAGAGGAAAAUAAAAGUAAAAAUUAUUUGUUUGUUUAUAAUAAUAAUAAUAAUGAUAAUAAUAGUAUUUAUGAAAAUUUUGAGGGAAAUAUAAAAGAACCAUUAAACUUAAAUAAUAAUAAUACUUUGCUAUAUAAAUAUUUCAAUAUAAACAUUCAUAAUAUUGAAGAAAAUACAAACUAUAUAAAAUCAUUGCUAUAUUUAUCAAAGAUUAAUUUUUCCUUAUUUUCGCAUUAUCAUGAUAAAAAUUUUUUUUUUCUUAAAAAUUAUGAAUUAAUUCAAAAAGAAGAUUAUGAAGAUGAAUAUACAUAUAACUCUAGUGAUUCUACAGGUUUACUGAAAAGGAUAGAAUUUAUGCAUGAUUUAAUGAGAAGUUAUUUGAAAGAGUUAUUAGAAAAAAAAAAAAAUUGUAUUAUAGAUGCAUUAACAAAUUAUAAAUAUUGUAAAAAAGGAUUAGAAGAUAUAAAAUUUGCCUAUCAUUUAACAUAUUUAUUAAAUUAUGGGGACAAAAAAAAUAAUUCAGACUUUGUAAUAUAUAAAAAUUUAUAUUAUUUACUAAUAGAAAAGUUAUAUAAUGAAAAAUUAAAUAAAAAUAUAGACAGUGAAAAAAUAGUCUACUUUAUUUUAAAUUUAGUUAAAAUGACAAGAAUAAUGAAAGUGAAAAAUAGUAAAAUGGAAAAAUUAUUUAAACUUCUUCAAAAAUAUUCAGAAAAAUUUAAUGAUUUUCAUUUCAAUGUGUUUAGUAAUAUUUUCCUUUUUAUAUAUGAAGAUGCAAAGAUAGAAAAUAAAAUAUUUUUGAAAAGAUACUUUAAUAAAUAUUUUAAUGAUACAAAAAUUAUUUUACAUAUAUUUAAUCACAUUUUGAAUUCUUCAAAAUACACAAAAAAAUUAUUGCAAAAAGACAAAAAUGAAAAAAUAGAAGAUAAUAAUAUGAAUAACAAUAAUUCCCUUUCUAUAUGCACACAAAAAGAGGAUAUUUCAAGUACUAACAAAAAUUAUUUAGAGAGAUUUAUUUAUUUGAAUAAUAAUAAUGAAGCUCCUAGAUAUACAAAUCCAUUUUCAUUAAGUAAUUUCUUUCAAUUAAAUAAUAAUAUCAAUGAAGCACAUAUAAAAAAAGAGGAAUCUUUAAAUAUAAAUCAGGAAGCAAUUAAAAAUAUUUUUUUAAAAUAUAAAGAUAUAUAUUCUAGUGAUAAUAGUUCUAAUAAUAAUAACAUAUUUAAAAUAAAACAUUUAAGAAAUGUUAAUUAUAUUAGAUAUGAAAAAGAAAGAGUAAAAUACAUAUCUAGUAAAUUAAACAAAAAUAAAAGGAAUAAAAAUAAGAUAAACAAUAAAUAUGAAGGAAAUAAAAAAAUGCCUAUUAAAAUAAACGAAAUCAAAGAAAAGAAAAGUAAUAUUUUUAUUAAUAACAAAAAUAAUAAGAGUAAUAACAAUUUCAUGAAUGAUCAUGAUAAUAAAAAUCAGAAUAUUAAUAUUAAUGGAUUUUUAUAUUAUGAAUAUUAUAACAAUAAUAAUACAUAUUAUAAGUAUGAUAAAAGAAAUGAAAAAAACUCAUCUAUAAAUUUUUUAAAUGAUGAAAUUGAAAAUAAUAAGCUUGAAAAUGAAGUAAAAUUUUUGUCUAAUUCUUACUACAUUAAUGAAAAUGAAAAAAUAAAAAUAAAUAUUCCAAAUAAGAAGAAAUAUCAUAAUUUAAACAUUAAAAAACGUAAAAAGUAUGAAGAAAAUUAUAGCUCUGAUGAGUUUUUUGAUUUUAUAAAUACUCAUAUGCAUUUUGAAAAAAGUGUAAAAAAAAAGAAUGAUAAAAAAAAUAAUAUAAAUAUCAAUGAAAUUUAUUAUGAUGAUAGUAGUUCUAGUAAUUAUAAUUCUAGCUCAAUUGAUAAUAAAGAUAAUAAAAAAAAACUUUUUUUUAAUAUAAGUGAUAUUAAUAAUCAGAAUUGUGAUAAAUUUCUUUCUCUUUUAAGUAAUAGUGAUAUAAAAAAUUUUAACAAAAAUAAAGAUGACAAUUCUGAUGAAAACGAUGAAUAUGAUUAUUUAUACAAUACACAAAGUGAAGAAGUGAAUAGUAAUAAUAAAGAUUAUAAGAAAUUCGUGAAUUUUAAUUAUGAUAAUUCAUUUUGUUUUAUAAAAUAUAAGCCUUAUCAUGAGUUUAAUUAUAAAAGCAAUAUAAAAAAAAGAAAAAUGAGAGAAAUAGAAAAAAAAAAGUUAAGUAAACAAGAAAUAAUGUUCAUACCACUAUAUAUAAGCAUCGUAGGUGGAGUAGAUAUAUUUUUGAAUAAAUUUAAUAAUUAUAUUUGUGACAUAUAUAUGAAUCCUUAUUUUUAUAUAAACACAUUUUAUUUUGAGAAAUAUAUUAGAAAACAAUAUGGAAAAAAUAAAAACUAUGAUAAUUAUUUAAUAUAUGAUUAUUAUUAUUACAAUUACAUAUUCUGUAAUAAAUUUAGCAGCUAUUAUAGUUAUAAAGCAAUCAAAAAUAAAAAAAUAAAAGCAAAUACUUAUAUUAAAUUUUUUAAUCACAAUGUUGUUGCAAUGCUAAGUAACACUGCUAACUCUAAUAAAGGAGAUUUUUAUUUAAAUAAAAAUGAAAAAAUAAAAGAGAAUAGUUAUAAAGAGUUUGCAAAAAAUAAUAAAUAUAAUAAUAAAAAAAGUAAUAGUAUAAAAUUAGACCAAAUAAUUAUGAAAAAAGAAGUAGAAGAAGAAGAUGAAGAAGAAGAAGAAGAAGAUACAAUUAUUCAGAAUAUGAAAAAAAAAGAAACAAAAAAAAAUGAAUUUAAUAUUAAUAAUAAUGCAAAAAGUAAUUUUAACAAAAGUAAUAAUAUGAAAUUACAUAACUAUGAAAAAGAGAUAAAUAAUGAAAAUAAUAAAAAUUUUCAAACUGUUAAUAAUUUGAAAAAGGAAUUUCAUCAUUUAAAUACAUAUAAAAAUCAUAAUCAUUUUUUUUCCGAACAGCAUGAAGAAAAUUUUUUCUAUACAGAUAAUAAUUUGAGCACAGAUGAUGAAGAAUAUAGAAUAAAUAAAAAGGAUAUAAAUGAUAUUUAUAUAUUAAAAAGAGAUUUAUUUAUUAUUGAUUAUCUACAGAAUUAUUUUAACUUUUCUAUACUUACAAGAAUGAAAAAUAUUAUUGAGGAUAUGUUUCACAAUUAUAAUUUAAAUUUACCAUAUAUAAAUAAAUAUAUAAAAAUAAAUGACAAAGAAGAAAACUGUAUGUAUGACGAAAACAUAAAAAAUGAGAAAAAGAAAAAAGAAGAUGAAAAAAGAAAAGAGAAAAAUACGUAUAGAAAUUAUGAAGAAAAUGAAUUAGAAUUAUAUGAUGAUAAUUUUAAUUUAUCAAAGAAGGAUAGUAGUAAGAAUAUAUUUUAUAAUUCAUUAAUAAAAGAAGAAUUUGUAAGUAAAGAAAUUCAAAUAUCUAUUACAGUUUUAAAUUUAGAAUAUUGGAAGUUAGAAAAUUUAAAAGAAGACGAUCAAAUUGUAAACAAAUUGAUACCUGAUUCUGUACAAACAUAUUUUGACUCAAUUAAUGAUAUAUAUCAAAAAAAAAAUAGAAAUAAAUAUCUAAUUUUUAUAUAUGAUAUGUGUUAUAUAGAUUUAAAUAUUAAUAAUUUUAUAUAUACACUUAAAUUAUCAGAAGGUUUAUUAUUCUUAUUUUUAAGUAACUUAGAAAAUCAUACAAUUGAUAUUUAUAAAAAUAAUCUAUUAUAUAAUGAUAUGAAAACUAAUAGUAAUAUAUACAACUAUGAAUAUAUGUUUAUUUCAUCCAAUUAUAAUCAUAAAGAUAAUAAAACUAUUCAUAUGAUUGUUAAUGAUAAUAUUAUUUUAUAUGAUUUUCACAUAAUUAAAAAUUCCAAAAAUUUAUAUAAUUCUAAAAAAAAGAAAUAUAUUAAAAAAGAAUCAUUUGAUGAGGUAGUAAUAAAAAAAGAAAGAGAAAAACAAGAAAAAAAAAAUAAUAACAAUUAUGUUAAUCACAAUAAUAAAAAAGGGAAUAAUAUUGUUUUAAAUUAUGAAACCAAGUCAGGAGAAAACAACUUAAAGGAGGAAAUAACUAAUUUAAGUGAACAUUAUUCAUUAAAUUUCACUUAUAAUAUGAAUGAUAAAAACAAUAAUAGUAUUAAAAAUAUUGAAAUAGAAGAGAAACAUGAUGUUUUGGAAAAAAUUCAAAAUACUAAAUUAAAAAAAAAUGAACAUUUAAAUGAAGAUAUUAAAGAAGAGAAAAGUUUUUAUGAUACAAGUAAAAAUACUUUCAGUAAUUCUAAUCAAAAUAAUAUAAAUUCAUUAAAUAAACAGAUAUCAAAAGAAAAUUUUUAUUAUAAGUUGAAUUUUUUAAAAGAAAUUGAAGAAAGGGAGAUUGAAAAAAUAGCAAUUAAUAAAAAUAUUAAUGAUGUAUAUGUAAAGUUACUAUUUACAGAAGAGUAUUUAAUUCAAAAAACAAAUAUAUCAGAAAAAUUCAUAAAAGAAACUUUAAAAAAAUUAACUCGUAAAAAUUUUUUACAAAAAAGUACACUUAAAAUUAUGAAUAAAAAGAAUAAUAAAACAAUGCAAUUUAAUGUCUAUUGUAUUGCAAAUUUUGAUAAUCUUAGUGAUGAUGAAAAUAAAAAUGAACAAAUGAACAAACCCAUUCCUUUUGUAAAAUCUGAAAAUGAACUUGAAAAUAAAACCUACAUUUCUUCUUCAAAAAACAGUGAAGGUAAUUUGUUUUUAGAGGAUAAACAAAAAUUAAAUAAAAAUAAAAUAGUUAAUUCUACUAGAAUAAAUAAUAAAGAGUAUUUGUUGAAUGAAAAUAAUGUUGUAGAGUCAUAUAAGAAUAAAACACAAUCUAAUAACAUUAUUGAGCAAAAUUAUAUUCAUACUAGUGAAUUUAAUGCAAAAAAAAAAGAAAAAAAUAAUAAUGAAAUUCAUAUGAAUAGAUUAAUAAAUGAUCGUAUGCAUAACUUUUUUAGUAGUUAUAUAUGUAAUAAUAGUAAAGAUAAUAAUAGAAAUAAUGAAAACAACAAUAACAAUAUUGAUGAUAGUUAUGAUAAUAAUAAAAAUAAUAAUAAUGUUGAUAAUAUUAAAAAUAAUAGCAUUAAUAAUAAUAAUAAUAAUAAUAGUAAUAGUAAUAAUAAUAAUAAUGGUAAUGAUAAUAGUAGUAAUAAUAAUAAUAAAGAUAAUAAGGAUAAUAGUAAUGAUAAAAACAACAAUGAUAACUAUAAUAGUAAUCAUAACUGUUAUUUAAAUUAUUCUAACUAUAUAGUUGACAACGAUAUUAUUAAUAAUACUGAAAAAAAAAAAAAAAUUAAUAGAAUAUCUAAAAAAAACAAAAGAAUUAAUAAAAAUGUAAAAGAAAAAAUAAAUGUAAAUAAUUUAUUACUAUAUAUUAAUAAUUCAAUUAAUAAUAAAAAUAAUGUAAAUAAAGAAUCAUUAGUAAAUGAAGAUGAAAAAUUAAAUGAGAAAAAUAUCAAUUUUAACUUUAGUAGUAAUAUUAGUAAUAUUAAUGAACCAGUUGACUAUUUUUUAGAUAAUGUUGUAACUGAAAGUGAUGAAGAAAAAGAAAUUAAAAGAAGGAGAACAUUCGAUGAUUUGAAUUUAGACGAAUCUUAUGAAUUUUAUGAAAAAGAGAUUUUAAGAAUAACAACAGACAGAAUGAAUAAAAUGAAAACUGAACCAGGAAAAAAUAUAUCUACUCCUCUUUUUUUAAUUUUAAACGGUUUAAAUAAAACAUUAACAGAAAAAAAAUUAAAAAAAAUUACGCAGCAAAAUGUUUUAGCUAUUCUAAACAUUAUGUUAAAGAAAAAUAUAAUUACAAGAGUUGGAGGUAAUUGGCAACCAAAAUAA